UUCUUGGUACACUCCAACCUAUGAACCGCUAUCCCAGACGAGAAAGGGGGCCCAUUUUCUGCAAAAAGGGGCGGAGCCGUCAGUGCGCGCCACUUUUCGCCUUUCCUGGAACAGCGCCAGCGGGUAGCGGGGGAGGGUGACGGUCUGCGUUGCUGCGCCUGCGCGGCGGGAAUCCGCGGGGAAAGCGCACACUCCGGGAGUUGAAAUUCCUCUCGGUCCGCCGAGGCCCCGGUGUCCCGCGGGUGUCGUCGGUGCUCGACCUGAGCCCGAGCGUGCGCGCUGGGUCACGCGACACCGCCUGGGGUGUGUCUGCGCCGCGCCUCCCUCCCGGCCCCGUGAGCCUCUCUGACCAAUACUCUUUUCCAGAAUCCCGCUUCUCUUCCUAGCGCGGCCACUACCCCCAACCCACCAAGGAAAAUGGCGACAGCUGAGGUACUGAACAUUGGUAAUAAGCUCUAUGAGGGUAAAACAAAAGAAGUCUAUGAAUUGUUAGAUAGUCCAGGAAAAGUUCUCCUGCAGUCCAAGGACCAGAUUACAGCAGGAAAUGCAGCCAGAAAGAAUCACCUGGAAGGAAAAGCUGCAAUCUCAAAUAAAAUUACCAGUUGUAUUUUUCAGUUGUUACAGAAAGCAGGUAUCAAAACUGCUUUCACCAGAAAAUGGGGGGAGACAGCUUUCAUUGCACCCAAGUGUGAAAUGAUUCCAAUUGAAUGGGUUUGUAGAAGAAUAGCAACUGGUUCUUUUCUCAAAAGAAAUCCUGGUGUCAAGGAAGGAUAUAAGUUUUACCCACCUAAAGUGGAGAUGUUUUUCAAGGAUGAUGCCAAUAAUGAUCCACAGUGGUCUGAGGAACAGAUCAUUGCUGCAAAAUUUUGCUUUGCUGGACUUGUUAUAGGCCAAACUGAAGUGGAUAUCAUGAGUCAUGCUACACAGGCUAUUUUUGAAAUUCUGGAGAAAUCCUGGUUGCCCCAGGAUUGUACACUGGUUGAUAUGAAGAUUGAGUUUGGUGUUGAUGUCACCACCAAAGAAAUUGUUCUUGCUGAUGUUAUUGAUAAUGAUUCCUGGAGACUCUGGCCGUCAGGAGAUCGAAGCCAACAGAAAGACAAACAGUCAUAUCGUGACCUCAAGGAAGUAACUCCUGAAGGGCUCCAGAUGGUAAAGAAAAAUUUUGAGUGGGUUGCAGAAAGAGUAGAGUUGCUUCUGAAGCCAGAAAGUCAGUGCAGGGUUGUAGUAUUGAUGGGCUCAACUUCUGAUCUCGGUCACUGUGAAAAAAUCAAGAAGGCUUGUGGAAACUUUGGCAUUCCAUGUGAACUUCGGGUAACAUCUGCUCAUAAAGGACCAGAUGAAACUCUGAGGAUUAAAGCUGAGUAUGAAGGGGAUGGCAUUCCUACUGUAUUUGUGGCAGUGGCAGGCAGAAGCAAUGGUUUAGGACCAGUGAUGUCUGGUAACACUGCGUACCCAGUUAUCANUAGAAGAAUAGCAACUGGUUCUUUUCUCAAAAGAAAUCCUGGUGUCAAGGAAGGAUAUAAGUUUUACCCACCUAAAGUGGAGAUGUUUUUCAAGGAUGAUGCCAAUAAUGAUCCACAGUGGUCUGAGGAACAGAUCAUUGCUGCAAAAUUUUGCUUUGCUGGACUUGUUAUAGGCCAAACUGAAAUCCGUCGCCAGCUCCGCCUCGUGGGACCAGCACACUGCUUGGCCCGCAGCGGUCGCCCCGGAAACGCACGCUGCUUGGAGCUGAAACUGUUGGGUGAACCCCUUCUCAACCCGCUCCCACGGUCCGACGCCUCGUUCCUCCAGACCCGCUUCUAG